CCUGCUCCUGAGAAGACUUCUAAUUUAGCUCAGCUGGAUGUUAAGAAAUAGUUCUGGCUGGUUCAGAUUAACUUCACAUGGUGACAGUUCAUAGGCAAAAUAUGGUGCCUGUUAGCAAAACAAACCCUUAGAGAAAACCCCCUCCGAGGGGAGACUGUCAGAACCAGCGGUAUGAGAGAAAGAGGGCUGAGAAGGAGAGGACAAUCAAAGGCUGUUAUUUUAAUCUGUCCUGCCUGGGAGAUUAGCCGACCGCAUUGUUUUAAUUGUUUUAACGGGAGGGAAUGAAACGCUCGCUUAUAGGGGGAUCCUUGGCAUAAAUCUCUCAAGUUCAAUAGUUUCAAAAACUUGAGCUCCUUGCAACCCCCCUCUCUCCCCUCAUCCCACCUAAUCCCGGCUAAUACCUUUCUUUCUAUUGGCUAAUGGCUGAGGGGAGCCUGGGUAAAUGCUUCUUAAAUAGUCGUGGGUGAGAAUGGUUUCGGAGAAUUAGAUCUGUGCUACGACAAAGAGCGCUGCUCUGGAGGGAUAUAAGGCCCAAAUUGGACUAAGAAAUAUACCAGGACUACAAGCCACCGGGUCCACCUCUGUGCGUAAAAGCGCACCUGGAUCUCACGCUGCUGCUGCUGCUGCUGCUUCUCGUCAGGAUUUGGAUCUCAGAUUCAACAUGAACUCCUUGAAUUUCUGCGGGACCUCCGGCGGCGUUGGCGGUGGUGGUGGUGGUGUGUAUCCCCUCCACGGUGUGAACUCCGUGCUGUUCGACCUGCGCCACCAGAUGGCAGAACAGUACCACAGUUACCCUGCAGCAGCCCCAACAGCGCACACUCUGUCUGUGGCAGAGAGGCUGGCAGAGCUCAUCUUGGAGGCUCGCUACGGCAACCAGCAGAAGCAGCGCCGCAGCCGGACUGCGUUCACGGUGUCGCAGCUGCAGGCUCUGGAGAAAGCCUUCCAGCAGACACAGUACCCAGAUGUGGGCAUGAGGGAGAGGCUGGCCAUGUGCAUCAACCUGCCAGAGGCUCGGAUUCAGGUGUGGUUCAAGAACAGGAGGGCCAAGUUCCGUAAAGGCCAGAGAUGCUCUCCUCUCUCCAGAGACCACAGUCUGGAAGAAGCUCCACAUCCCAAGAAGACGGGACAGGAGGAAGUGAGGACUGAAGACAAACAGGAAAUCACCACAUCAUGCACUGACAGCAGCAUCCCUCAUCUUCCUCCUCUUCCUCCUCCUCAUAUGACUAAAGGCAGGGAUUCGAACUUUGACGCCUCUCGGUGCUCUGUCCGACUUCACUCUCCUCCACUCUUCCCCUUCGUGGCGGGGGAGUGUUUCUCAGCCCACCAGCCAGUCAUAGGAGUUCUGUCCACGGAGCUCACCCUGCCUCCAGUGUUCUGGCCCAUCAUACAGCAGCACAGCUUGGGGGUUCCUCCAUCAUCUGUCACCAAAAACUGUAGCCUCUCCAUUCAGACUGCUUGCUCCAGUAAAGCAGUGCAUCACCCUCACCUGGGGCUGUAACUGGAUGUACAAACCUGGUACAUAUAUCUCUGCUCCUCCCCAUCUGAAGCUGAACUGUGUGGGAGAAGAACCUGACAACAGACAGAAUAUACAUUUUUACUCUGUGGGAUCUGUCUAAAGGAAUGUAAAACUUGACAGUCAUGUACUUCCAGUUAUUUAAAGUUAAUUUAGAUCUGCCUUAAUGAACAUCUACAUCUCUGUUUUUUCUUUGCCAGUUGUUUGAGUUGCUUGAAGGAAGCUGGUAAACCAUCACAGCUUGGUUCCAGACAAAAGGAAGGCUAACUAUCACACUGAAACAUAUUGUCUUCUGCAGCAUUGUAUAGCCGGCUGCACUGCCACAAAGUAGUAAUAGUAGACUAUAACAAAAAUGCAUUUGAGAAAAGUUUCUUUUUGUAACUGAGCACUGCAACAUAGAAAUGUGAAAUAAAACUAUUUGCACCUCU